GCGACUCGCUUAAGACGUGGCGAUACAAACGAAAACACGGAAGAGUAAUACGUUGGAUGGAUGAGAUGGAGGACCGUGAAGGGGUGUUUGCCACAGAGCGUUACGGCUCUCAGGAGUCAUGGAAAUACCUGUUGAAGGAGGGGAGGAUGAAGAGACAGAAAGAUGUAGAGCACAGUAGACUGGCGGGAAAUUCAAUCUCUGGCGUGUUUAAAAGUGUUUUCCUGCCACAGGGAUAUCCCGAGAGUGUCAGUGAGGAUUACCUACAAUAUCAGUUCUGGGACACUCUGCAGGCAUUUUCCAGCUCUCUCUCUGGCACACUCGCUACUCAGGCUUCACUGAGGGGUGUUGGGGUUGGAAAUCAAGAAGCAACAGUUGCAGCGGCUACAAUAACAUGGAUAAUAAGGGAUGGAACCGGAAUGUUGGGAAGAAUACUGUUUGCCUGGCUCAAAGGGAGCAGGUUAGAUUCUGAAGCCAAAAAGUGGAGGCUGUUUGCUGAUGUUCUAAAUGACAGUGCUAUGUUCAUGGAGAUUGCAGCCCCCCAUUUCCCUCCUUUUUUCACCCUAAUUGUCUGCAUUGCUGGAAUAUUUAAAUCCAUUGUAGGAGUUGCUGGUGGGGCAACAAGAGCUGCAUUAACUGUCCACCAAGCUCGUAGAAACAACAUGGCUGAUAUCUCUGCCAAAGAUGGGAGCCAGGAAACCCUGGUGAACCUGGCAGGGCUGCUGGUCAGCCUGGCACUCAUCCCAUUUGUAACAGAUAACCCUUUGUUGACAUUCAUCCUAUUCUUCCUUUUCACGGUUCUUCACCUGUUUGCCAAUUACAAAGCUGUCCGGUCUGUUGUUAUGGAAACCCUCAAUGAGGCUCGUUUGUCCAUAGUCCUCCAUCAGUACUUGCUUCAUGGACAACUGCUUAGUCCAGUGGAGGCAAAUAAGAAGGAGCCUGUGUUCUUGUCGUUUCAAAGGACAGUUACCAUCAAGUUGGGUGUGAGGCUUGGAGACAUUGUUGAAGAGCCAGGAGAACUACAGCUGGCAUUGAAGAACAACAGCAAACCAUACCUCAUUGGAAUCAAAAAUGGUUCUGUCUGUGUAUGUCUGGGAAGUGAUGCAUCUGUGCAUGAUGAAAUAAUGGCAGCAUGUCAGGCCUUGUGCCUUAGUACUGUUCUACACAAUGGUAUCUCUCUGGAUGGUGCCCUGAAACAGCUCUCAAACACCAGAGACCCAUGGGAAUUAGUAUCACAAAGUCAUAAAAUGAUUGAUCAGCUUUUCCAGACAUUUGUUAAAGAACUUGAUCAAGCUAAGUGGCAGACAGACCGGACACUAUUGAACUGGAAUGAGUGGCGUGUGGAAUGGAGAAAAAAGAGAAGCUGAAUCAGGACGUUAUGAGAAGGAAGGGAAAAUUGAAAUUUUCUUGAUUCCAUUGAUAUUUCAUUUGGACAUAACUGUUUUAAAUGUUUUAAUGACUUAAAGAGCUCAACAGUAGAGCUAAAAUUUACAGGUUUAUAUAAAAGUUUUAAAUAAAAACCACCAAGACGACAAACUCUGCAUGCAAAAUCAUAAAAAUGCUAAGCUCUUAUCAUACUGCAUCCAGAACAGAUCAUGUAGUCUUUAAUCAUAUGAUCUAUAUUUGUUUUAAAGCUGCUAGAAAGGCCCACACAGAAUCUAUGCAAUAUUUUGACAAAUUUUAUCAUGUUCUCAGCUACCAAUAACAGUGUAGUACUCUCAGCUCCAAUUACACACAUUUUAAAAUGUGUUUAUAAAAGUGUGCAGAUUCCAUCUAAGCCUGCUUACAGCACUGCUCCAUAUGCAUUUUCCUUAAAGGUGCACUCAGUCAUUUUUUCCUGAUUAAAAAAGAUUUACUCAAAUAAAUUAAUAAUCAUUUUGAAACAAAUGUAUAAAAUCAUGACCAAUCACAUGAGAUGAGGAAUCUUUUGAGCCACACCCAUCUUGAGGUCCUCUCUGCCACUUCGGUGGUACUGCGGAUGGCUCUCCUCUAACUCUCUCCGUCAAUGCUCAAAUUGCUGAAGGCUCUGGCUAACAAAUGGGCUGCGAAUCCCCUGCAUCCAACCUCCACUGGAAGACACCUCACUCUCCAUCUAGCCUGCUGACAGUUGCUGACCAGUCCUGCGUACUUGGAGAGCUUCCUUUCAAAAGCCUCGUCCAAGCGAUCUUCCCACGGGACUGUUAGUUCCAGCAGCACAGCUUGCUUGGUGGACUCAGACACAAGCACAAUGUCUGGUCGCAGGGUAGUGGCUGCAACAUGGUUAGGGAACUUCAGCUGCUGUUCGAGGUCCACCAGCAGCUGCUAGUCCCUUGCAGAGGUCAGGAUGCCUGCAGAUGUUCCUUUUGCGGGUAUUGGCUGCUCCCUGGCUCUGACAAAGGCGAUGGUCUGCUUGGAGGUUCGGGGCCGCUUUGCCCACUCAACUACUGCGCUGAUGGCUUCAGCGAUGGUCUUCAGGACCUGAUCAUGCCUCCAUCGGUACCGUCCUUCUCUAAGUGCCUUUGUGCAGCAGCUGAGGAUGUGAUCCAGGGUUCCUUGCUUGGAGCACAGUGGGCAUGCUGGCGACUCUGCUUUGCCCCAUAUGUGCAGAUUUAAUGGGCUUGGAAGCACAUCGUACACUGCCUGGAUGAGAAAUGUUAUGCAUUGUGGCACAGCUUUCCAAAGCUCAGCCCAGGUCACUUUCCUCUCGACCGCAUUCUCCCAUCUUGUCCAAGCUUCCUGCUGCUUCAUUCCCACCACCUUGUAGGUUCUUGUCUCCUCCACUGUUGCUCUCACCUCCUCCUGGACCAGUUGGCGCCUUUCCUUUACUCUGCUGGUGUUCAUUUGGGGAGUUGUAAAGGAUCCUAGCACAGCUCUGCCUUGUGUGACCACUCCCACCAGCCUCCUGUGCCGCAGCCUUACCUCUGCUUCCUGGAUGGCCUCCUCAGCUCUCCACUUCCUGCCAGUCCUCAUUUGGAUCCCUGCUUUACCCACCUUUGGAACACUUGAGUCCCUGUACUGUACCAUUUCUCUGGCACUUGUUACCUUGAAUUCCUCCUCCAAGGAUUUGAAGGGUAGUUGCAGUUCGGUGUGGUGUCCAUAAAGUGCAAUGCUUCUCAGGCACUUUGGCAGCCCCAGCCAUCUCUUGAGGUGGUUGCUGACACUCCUCUCCAAGGCUUCGACUGUCAAGAUCGAAACUGCAUAGACGAGGAGGGGUCACAGGACUCUGGGAAGAAUGCUAUACUGAUACACCCAGGCUUUGAACUUCCCAGCUAGCCAUCCAACUCUGUGCAGGUCGCCUUGAUGGAUGUUGUGUCCUUUAGAAAGCUGUCAAAAACCUUGCCUAAGUUCUUGACAAGCUUUUCUGUGAUGAUUGGGAUGGCUGUGCCUGCUAUGUUGAACCGGAACUUUUCUUCCACCUUCCACCUUUCCUCAGCACCAUAGAUCUUGAUUUGGCUGGUUUGAAAUACAUCAAACGGAUCACCGGGGAUCCUGGGAUCUUCUCCCUUCUCCAGAAGACUCGCAGGAACUACCACAGAUGCAGCAAGAGUUUGGGACAGUUCUUGUACACUUUGUAUAAGGUGCUACUUGGUCCUGGAGCCGAGCUUGCCCUUGCUUUGCGGACGACCUCUCUGAUUUCCUUUAGCUGGGGGGGGGGUCUAUUAGAAUGUUACACUCUCCUAACUCCUGCUCUCUUUCAGGGUCGCUGUAUGUCUUCUUCAGAUGUUGGUCUAUGUCAUCCUACGAACAGUUCAGUUUUCCACUGAGCUUCUACCCCAGCAACUCCUUAGUGAACUUGAAGGGGUUGGCGAUGAAGGCAGCACACUUUUGGUCAAUCAUAGAUGACUGUGAAUUUUAAAUGUAUACAAUGGAAUUUGUAACUGAAAACUACAGUGUUUGAAUGAUGCUGCAUCCAUGCCACUAGGUGUCAGUGUAAGUCCAAAAAUUACUGAGUGCACCUUUAAGUGUCUUUUGAAUCUCCAUCCAUAGAGAGAAUAGUCAUAUGACAGGCCCGGUUGUCCUCAAAUCAACGUUAUAGCGCCCUCAAUUGCAGACCAGGGCAAAUUUAUUCGGAACAUCUUUUUUUAUUGGAUCUCUGGGACCUAAUGCGCCUCCACAAGCGUUUAAUAUGUUCAGGGUUGCCAGAUAAUAGAUGUGAACCCCCCCAAAUCAGAGAUUUAUACUUGCACAAAUUGGAAAUAUUCUGCCUAAUGCAGUGUUUAACAACUGUCAAGUGUGCCGUGGAAAAAUGAUCAAAUUCCACAAAAUAAAUAAAUACCAUUUUCCAGAAUAUAAAUCGCAGAUUUUGUCAUCAUCUGAAAGGUCCAGCGACUUAUAGUCUGAAGCGACUUAUAUACAUAAUUUAUAUGUAACUGAUGUCGGCUGGUCAGAAACACUCACCAAAACAGUUGGAAAACAGAGAUGGCCAGGGUUGGGAGGGUUACUUUUGAAAUGUAUUCCACUACAGAUUACAGAAUAAAUGCUGUAAAAUGUAAUUUGUAACGUAUUCCGUUAGAUUACUCAAGGUCAGUAACGUGUUCUAAAUACUUUGGAUUACUUCUUCAGCACUGGUAGAUUUUUUCACUUGUUUUGACUAUAAAAACUCUGCCAGUACAGUAAGACAAAAUACACAUUAAAAAUACAUUCUCUGAAAAACCUAAAUAUCUUAUGCAGUGUUGUUUCUAAAACAUCUUAUGCAGUGUUGUUUCUAAAACAAGAUACAUCAAAUUGAUUUUGUUUUAAGAAUUUUUAGAUAUUUUUACAGGAAAACAAUACAAAAAUUAUUAUCAAGUAUAAGCUUUUUGCUCUAAUAUCAAAGAAAUUAUGAUCCAACGUGAAUUUUCUUGAUAAAAAAAUAUGAUUGUGCCUGGUAACAUGUGCAUGUAAAAUGGAUAGAAACAGCAUUUUAGCUUAUCAUAAAGCUGACAAUUUACACAAGAUUUAUUUCUGUUUCUUGUGCUCCAAACUUACUUCAAACUUACUUCUCUGUCUGCUCGUAUGAAUGAACACUUCAUAAGAAAGUGUUUCACCGCUGUUCAAAUGCACUUUGGAUCACAUCAUUUAUAUGUAUAAAUGUUUUCCAUCUGAAAGGACUAAAUAUUAAAUAAAACUUAUGACAAUAAAAUGCAAA